CGAUUUUGACUCGCUGUCAUCGAACUAUUUAAAGCUUUGGUCCAUAAUAACAUAUCGAUCACUUCGCCUUCCGUGGUGCUAAUUCCUCAGACUCGAAUGAAUACAUCCGCGGCUAAAGAAUACGCUCAAGAUGAACUUUGAAGAAGUGCGAAGAAAUCCUGUUUUCUUCGAAAAUCGCUUUGUUGUGGAAGGCGACGAUGGUUUUACAGAUAGAGGAGAGGGAAGACAUGUACCCCAGGGAGGAUCUGGGCAGCAGUUAGUAUUCGAAACAGAGUCGUACCCGCCUCACGGUUCUUUUGUAGUAGAUGGACAGCCUCGUCAUAUUCCGGUAAAAGUUGUAAUGGAUGCUACAACAGUGAAUUGCUACACGAACCUGGACAAAACACAUCUCAGUCAUACUAACUUGACGGAUAAAAUUAGAGAUGAGAUACAUGAUAUGAAACAAGAAACAGUCAGCCAGUUAAAAGAAGUACAAACUGAUAACCAACAAUCGUUUUGUUCUGAACCGAUUCUUGCUCGCCUAAACUACGACAAAGUUAAUUUUACGAUCAUUGACACUAAAGAUGAUGCGCCUAAAUACAAGGACCCGUUAGAAUACGGUCAAGUUUGUCUCACAGAAAAGCGUUUGUUCUUCGUUUCACAACGGAAAAAAGACUAUACCGUACACCUUCAUCAUCAAGCAAUUAAAAAGAUUAAAGGCGAAAUUAUUCCGAAAGACUCCAAAAAAGCAAAAGAAUCGACGCAAACAGUUACAAACCAAAAGAAACCCAAGGCCUAUAUGCUAAAGAUGGGUCAGGACACUGGUUCAAGUUACUAUGAAAUGAUUCCAAUUUGGAAUAUAAAGUCAGUGUCAAUGAACACCUCGGGCAGUUCGGUGUCUCACACUCUAAUCUACUCCAAGAACACUUGCUGUGGUGUGUGGUGCGGGUGCUGCAAUUGUUUCCGCAAGUUGUUUUGCUGCUGUUCGUGUAAGCCGUCAAAAACAUGGCGUUCGAAUCGGGCAAACGAUGAAGCUCUGUUUGCCGAAAACCACGACGGUAACCUCCAAUACAUAGCGUCAGUGGACGUGAAAAUCAACCGCAGAGUGUUGAUCCACGUCACAUUGCCCGCCUGGGAACAAAGAGCAAUAGUGGAGGUCAUUGUCGACGUGCCGACGUCCAUCGACAAGAUAGCUGAUUUCAUUCGUGUUCUUCAGCAUUAUUCUCAGGAUCUUAACACGCCUUCGAAACUCAGUGGUAUCCCAGGACAUAUCUUAACCAUUUCCGACAACAUUGGUUUUCAAGUGCAGGGCCAUAGGUAGAUACUAACCACUGCGUGUAUAAUCGAUUAGGGGUCAGUUACCACAUGGUCAAUAUUGACAAUAUUUCCGACCCCCAACAAAAAGGUAAAUGUCUACCAUUCAGCGGGUGGCUCCAGAAAUUUGCCGAAAAGGGGUUGGACGUGUCCAGGACGUGUCUGACAACUGGGUCCGAAACAAUGGGCCGACUAGAGCCUCGGUCAGAACAGGGUCCAGGAUGAAACCCUUGGUAGGGUUCACGGAGAUAGUUUUUACGGCUUAGUAUAUGGCCAAGGAUGUUAUAUUAGGGAUUGGCAAUCAAAAUAUCGUCAUUUGGAUAGCACAUUUUUGGGUUUUUUUUAUCCGUGGCGUCGGACAAGGAAAGGUAGUUGGGGGGGGGGAUUCCACCGCCCGCACCGCCGGACGGCUGGCGCCACCACUGUUACCGUACCAUUACCUAUAUUUUAAGACAAUAAAUCAAUAACACGUGGUCAUAAUUUUAACGCUAUAUUAUUAUUACUUAAAGCCCCAUUCCCGGCAAAACUUCAGUUUUUAAGAAAAAUCUAAUUUUUGUAUAAUGUUAUAAAGAUUUUAAAAUAUAAUACGGAAUUGCUAGUUUAACGGAAUUUAGAUAUUCCUAAGUAUGAAUAAAAUGUGAAAUAAGACUGAAAUUUGAUUUUUUUUUUUUUUUUUUUUUUGUGUUCCACACAAAAAAUAA